GCUUAAAAGAUAAAGAGAAGAGAAAACUUAGAAACAUGAUUUGCUUGUCCUUCCUGUCUCUUCUUGCUUAUGGACUUACAAUACUGCAGGUGGUGAAUUGUUGGACAUACCAUUAUUCAGACACAAACAUGACCUACAGGGAAGCAGAGCUGUGGUGCAAAAAGAGGUAUACUAACAUGGUUGCCAUUCAGAAUAAGGAGGAAAUCAACUAUCUCAAUAACUUCUUACCCUUCAAUCCGGGUUACUACUGGAUUGGAAUCAGAAAAAUUAAUGAAGUAUGGACCUGGAUUGGAACUAACAAAGAACUGACAGACGAGGCAGAAAACUGGGCUUCAGGAGAGCCAAAUGGCAAAGGGAACAAUGAGGACUGCGUUGAAAUCUACAUCAAAAGAGGGAAGGAUGAUGGCAAAUGGAACGAUGAGCAGUGUGAGAAAAAGAAGGUCGCCUUGUGCUACACAGCUUCUUGCAACCUGUCUCUCUGCAGUGGCCGUGGAGAAUGCAUAGAGACUAUUAACAAUCACACCUGCCAUUGUAACCCUGGAUUCUAUGGGCCUGAAUGCGAGUUUGUGGAGAGUUGUGAUCCACUAAAGAAACCUGAUCAUGGGAGCCUCAAGUGCAACCAUCCAUUGGAGAACUUCAGCUACAACUCAUCCUGCACAGUUCACUGUGAGGAAGGCUAUGAACUGACGGCACUGGAAUCUGUAUACUGUACCUCUUCUGGGGUCUGGUCUGCCCCCCUUGCAGCAUGCAAAGCUGUGAUAUGUCCUGCCUUAGAAAUGCCUGCUCAUGGUGCUGUGAACUGCUCCCAUCCCUUUGUGGAGCUCACCUGGGGUACCACCUGUGGGGGGGAAGUGUUUCCCCGGGCAGGCCCAGCCACACUGCAGUGUGGGUCUUCUGGGGCCUGGGACAGGCAGCAACCAUCCUGUGCAGCUGUGAGGUGUGAGGCUGUAACCUGGCCAGAAGAAGGCUUUGUGACCUGUGACCACGCUCCUGCAGAUCUCACCUAUGGGUCACGUUGUGAUUUCCGCUGCAGCGAGGGCUAUGUUCUGGAUGGCCCAUCCAGCAUUGAGUGCAUGGGUCAGGGACAGUGGUCAAACCCAGUGCCAAAAUGCAAAGCUGUGACAUGUCCUGCCUUAGAAAUGCCUGCUCAUGGUGCUGUGAACUGCUCCCAUCCCUUUGUGGAGCUCACCUGGGGUACCACCUGUGAGUUCACUUGUGAGGAAGGAUUUGCCCUGACAGGACCAGCCACACUGCAGUGUGGGUCUUCUGGGGCCUGGGACAGGCAGCAACCAUCCUGUGCAGCUGUGAGGUGUGAGGCUGUAACCUGGCCAGAAGAAGGCUUUGUGACCUGUGACCACGCUCCUGCAGAUCUCACCUAUGGUUCACGUUGUGAUUUCCGCUGCAGCGAGGGCUAUGUUCUGGAUGGCCCAUCCAGCAUUGAGUGCAUGGGUCAGGGACAGUGGUCAAACCCAGUGCCAAAAUGCAAAGUUGUACAGUGUGAACCACUAAUUUCUCCUGAGAAAGGCUAUAUGGAUUGCUCACAUGGUGCUGGGAACUUCACAUACAACACAGCCUGCCACUUCAGCUGUCUAGAAGGAUGGAGGCUGAAUGGUUCUCAUGUUCUUGAGUGCAGUCAUUUGGGAAACUGGAGUGCUAGUCUGCCCACAUGUGAAGCUUCUGAAGAAGCCAGCUAUGUCUCUGUGGGCAUAGCAGCCACAAGUGCCUCUCUGUUGUCCACAGCGUCAUUCCUCCUUUGGCUUGCAAGACGUUUCCGAAGAAAAGCAAAGAAAUUUACUCCUUCCAGUAGCUGCCAGAGCCUAACUGUCGAGGGUAGCUUCCAAAGUGCUGGCCAGAAUGUCUAGCUCCAGGUGUUUCAGGAAUUGAAGUCAUCUUAUGUCUCGGAUAUCUGAAGAAUGAAACUGCAUGCAAAUCAGCAGCUGUCCAGAUGUGUUUA